AUGCCAAAGACCUAUUGGCCGUAUGCGUUUGCUACUGCGGUGUAUUUAAUCAACCGGAUGCCUACAGAGGUGCUCAACAAUGACUCUCUAUAUGCGAAACUCUUUGACCAGCCGCCGAAUUACCUCAAACUCCGUGUAUUUGGAAGCCUCUGUUUUCCAUGGCUUAGGCCGUACACAAAUCACAAACUCGAUGAUCGAUCUGCGGCGUGUGUGUUUGUUGGCUAUUCUCUUUCCCAAAGCGCUUAUCUCUGUCUUCACGUUGCUACCGGUCGUGUGUACACGUCUCGACAUGUUCAGUUUGUGGAAUCAAGCUUCCCUUUUGCCGUGACUCCGUCGGAUCUCUCUCCCGCAUCGGAAGAAAAUCCCAACGAUUCCACCUCCACUCUUGUUCCUCUCACUCCUGCGCCACUCGUAUCAGCUCCACCACAACUCGCGCCCCUGAUCUCAGACCUUCACCAUUCACACCCAUCGUCUGCUACAGAACCUGGAAAUCGUGUAAACGAUGACCAUGGAGAUCUGUCUCAUCGAUUGGGCCAGCCAGGUAAUUCUACAGGCCCUUCUAGAGUUUCACAUACUUUAGAUCCAUCACCUCCAGGCCCAAAUACAAACCCACCAACUCUUCAGCCCACAAACACUCAGCCCACAAAUAUCAAUGCCUCAUCUUCUUCCACCACGACACAACCUCCACCUCCACCGGAAAACGUUCAUGCAAACUCGCCGCAAAAAUAA